AUGAGAACUCAGUUGGCGUUUCUGAGCCUGGUGCGUCCCCUGCGAACCACUGCUCCUGGCGCUGCUGCUGCUGUUUCGACGACUGCUUUUGCUGCCUCCGCCGUCGGUGGCAGCGGUGUUUCUGGUUUUGCACUUGGGCCAGCGCUUGGGUCCAUGCCUGGCUCCCGGAAGCGCUCUCGUGCUGUUAGUGACCUGCGCUGCGCAGCUCGUUCGCCGAAAGAACCCAGUGGCAUCUUGAUCGUCAAUAAACCUCAGAACUGGACGUCGUUCGACGUCGUGAACAAGGUACGCGCAACCCUGGAAAAGUACCUACGACAACACGAGGCGCCCACCGCUGCUAGUCCUCCUGCGGGUGUCGGCAAGUCGUCAUCUGGGUCUGGUGCAGGUCGGCGCUCACGUCGUUUUCGACUUCGCGUCGGACACGGUGGAACGCUGGACCCGCUCGCGAGUGGUGUACUCGUUCUAGCGGUAGGCGCGCAGUACACGCGGCAGCUUUGGGAGUUCCAACGCGGACGCAAGCAGUACCGGGCAACGUUCAAACUCGGCUCAGCGACGGAUACUCAAGAUUGCACUGGUGAAGUGAUAGCGCGCUCGAGUUUUGAGCAUCUCCGUGAAUAUGACGUUGAGGCGCUGAAUCGCCUCCUGCAGUCGGAGGCAUUCCACGGUGCAAUCGUGCAGCGAGUACCAGCCUUUUCCGCAGUUCGCGUGCAAGGUGAACGGCUGUAUGACCUCGCUCGGGCCGGUAAAGCCGAUGCGAUCGGUGAAUUGCCUUCUCGAACGGUCUACGUCUUCGAAGCACGCUGCGAGGCAUUCGACGCGAGACAGGGCACAGGCACCUUGUUCGUGGACUGCUCGGGGGGAACCUAUAUCCGCACCUACAUUGACGACCUGGGGAAAGCUCUCGGCACGCACGCGCACAUGACAAGUCUGGUUCGACUUCGCGUCGGUCCGUACGCUCUUGAUGACGUCUCCAUGCCGUGUCUGCAAACAGAGAAAGAGCUCUCGAAUCCCGAGAAGAUUCUCAGCUGUUUGCAAGCAGUCUCCGUGACUGCACCUCAGCCCGCAUCGUCGCCGGUAGCGAAACCUCCGUCUUCUGCGGCAUAA